UUGCAUGUGAUUGAGUGAUCAAGCUAUUUGACAAAGGGGAAGAGAUAGAUCGAUCGAGAGAGGGAGGAGUUGCAGAGAAAGACUAAAGGAUAGUUAGUUAAUCAUGUCAUUUUCUUUCUUCAAGCAGAGACCCAAACCAGUACCGGAGCUCGUGAGAGCGAUCAGAGACAGUCUUCUCGCUCUUGACAACAAGACUGUUGUAGAAGUUAAAGCCCUUGCAAAGGCUUUAGAAGAAGUUGAAAAGAAUUUUGUUGCAAUGAGACAAAUGCUCUCUGGAGAUGGAGAAAUUGAACCAAAUGCCAAUAAUAUUGCACAGUUUACCCUUGAAAUCUGCAAAGAUGAUGUUAUUGGCCUUUUUGUUCACAAGCUUCCUAUUUUGGGAUGGGAAGCAAGAAAAGAUUUAGUGCACUGUUGGUCUAUAUUGUUGAGGCAAAUGGUCGGCUCUACUUACUGUUGUGUGGACUACAUUGAGAAUCAUCUGGAACUGCUUGACUUCCUUGUCGUGUGCUAUGAUAACAAGGAGAUUGCCUUGAAUUGUGGAAACAUGUUGAGGGAGUGCAUCAAAUUUCCGACCCUUGCAAAGUAAGAUGUUUAAGUUUCUGAUUAGU